CAUCGCGUCCAAUUAAGUUGUACGUUCCAAGUUUCGAAUUUCAUUCAAGUUUUAAGUUUCAAGGUUUCAAUAGAUCUACAGCUGUAGGUGGAGACUCCCCAAACCACCAUCUGUCGGUGGAGUCUAUCAUCGCGAUGAUCUAAAAACCAGUAAGGGUGCGAUCCCACUGCACUGGGAUAUGUGUUAACGCGUAUAUCUCGUGACCAAUCAAAGACGCACACACCUCUCUCGAUCCGUGUGCAAUCAGAAGCGUACUGCGACUUUUUUGUAAACACAGACGUGAAAGAAAAUAGGUGGAAGAUUGUGAUCACGUUUUGUUGUGAAAAAUAAGAAAUAUCAUUAAAAUUGCAAUUUAAUUAAUUUGAUUUUAUUCGCGGUUCGAGUCCUCGCUGUUCAAUUGGCCGUUCUUAAUAGUUUGGUACUUUAUUGCGACACUAGAGAAAAAGCGCCAUCGUCAAAGCAACACCGUCUCGCGGGUAGUCGGCAACAAUAACAACAGUAUAGUUAGAUAGACAGUAGCAGAUAGUGGUACAUGAAGUUAUUGCGAAAAAAGAUGGUGGUGACAGUGGCAUCCGUGCGACAACAACUCAGCAAUUUAGCGCAUUCCGGCGGUUCUCACAAGGACCAGGCCGAGAAAUAUCGUUCAACUUUGGACAUGAUAUUGUUGUCUUCCGGUGAGGAGCUAGUUGAUGCCUUGAAAACGUUUAUCGAAGCAAUUGUAAAUGAAAAUGUGAGCUUAGUAAUUUCAAGACAAGUUCUGACCGAUGUCAGCAGCCGCUUACUAUUUUUACCUGACGAAAUAUCCAUGGCUGUUUCACAUUAUACACUGGAUAAGGUUCAGCCACGUGUGAUUUCCUUUGAAGAACAAGUAGCUAGUAUAAGGCAACAUUUGGCUGAUAUUUACGAGCGCAAUCAGAAUUGGCGGGAAGCUGCAAAUGUUUUAGUUGGCAUACCACUGGAAACGGGACAAAAGCAAUACACCACCGAUUACAAAUUGGAGACUUACCUUAAAAUCGCCAGAUUAUAUCUAGAAGAUGACGACCCGGUACAAGCUGAAGCGUUUAUUAACCGAGCGUCUCUUUUGCAGGCGGAGUCUAAGAACGAGCAGUUACAAAUUUACUACAAAGUGUGCUACGCAAGGGUAUUAGAUUACAGAAGAAAAUUCAUAGAAGCAGCUCAGAGAUACAAUGAAUUAUCGUAUAGGUCUAUUAUUCACGAAGACGAGCGCAUGACUGCUCUUAGAAACGCGUUGAUUUGCACAGUACUGGCUUCAGCAGGACAGCAGAGAAGUCGGAUGCUGGCGACUUUGUUCAAGGAUGAACGUUGCCAGCAACUACCCGCUUAUUCAAUCCUCGAAAAGAUGUAUUUGGAUCGUAUUAUUCGGCGUUCCGAACUGCAGGAAUUCGAAGCGUUGCUUCAACCACAUCAGAAAGCGUGCACCAUCGACGGACUGGGCUCGACCAUACUCGACCGUGCCGUAAUCGAGCACAACUUGUUAUCGGCUAGUAAAUUAUAUAACAAUAUCUCGUUUGAGGAACUAGGCGCGCUGUUGGACAUUCCGCCCACUAAAGCGGAAAAAAUCGCCAGCCAGAUGAUCACCGAGAGCCGAAUGAACGGAUACAUAGAUCAGAUCGAUUCCAUAGUACAUUUCGAAACACGCGAAACCUUACCGACGUGGGACAAACAGAUACAGUCUCUGUGUUACCAAGUGAAUCAAAUAAUCGAAAAGAUAGCUCAAACGGAGCCAGAAUGGAUCGCGAAAGCAAUGGAAGAUCAAAUGGUGCAUUAAAGGACCAUUUGGUGAACUCUACUUAUUUUACCUUUUAAAUGCGUACACACAACACCAUACACACACGUGCAUACACACAAACACACACAAACACACAUACAGAGUGCCUAUUCAAUAAAAUGUCCUGAGAAUUCUUUCGUUUUCGAUUUAUCUUUAAAUUCUCCUUGUGAAAGAAGAAAAACAAUUUUUUCUAAGAAUUCCAGGCAGUAGACACUCUGAUGUGGCGUCCGCAAGACCCUGUGAUGCCAACAUUUCUUAAUGCUUAUUUUAAAAAUAGAAAAAAAAAAAAUCGAUACAAAUUCAUCAUCACAUUGACACAUAAAUAAGCGUGUUUAUUGACGAAAGAAUCCAUUAAAAAAUUGAUAAAAAAAAAUUUAGAUAAAAAUUGUAGAUGAGGAAAAAUCCAAUGUAAGUUCUUGUAAAUAAAUCGCAUUCAUACUUCGUAUAUAUAAAUGUUUCCUUAUUAAAAAACCUCUAAUCUGAUAUAGUUGAAGAGAAUAAAAGUCACUCUUACAUAUCUCACAAACAAAAUAUACUUAUUAUUUUUCUAUAUAAAACAAAGUAGUGGAAUUACAUGUGACUGUCUUUUGAAAAUAUAAACCAGUGGUCGUAUAAAUUUGUUUUGGCGAUAAAAUGUAAAAAGUCUAUAUAAAAAAACAAAUUCACACUGUAUUGCAUUGGGUAGUGUCUGAAAUAUGAGAGUAAUUUGUGAGUCAACCAAAACUGGCAGUUUUUUUUUUUUUUUACACAAGGAGCAGACGAGGAAAAUAUCUGCUUCUUACGGAUAAUUCUUAAGUGAGAGAAUAACUACCUAUAGGUUUCGAUAAUUUGUAUACGCGUAAUUGCAUUACUAUUUGACGUUUGAAUUAGAAGGCAUCGUACUUUUAUAUGGUAAAUAUGUGACAGUACUCUAUAAAUCAGAGAGAAACAUAUAUCUAUUGUAAUCGCGUUAACACUACGUACGGAUUGCAUAUAUUCGCACAUCAUUCUAACCUGGUCCAACCCAGCAGAACAAAUUGAGAUUCGUAGUUCGCAAUAUAUUCCGCAAUGCUGAAUUAAAAAACAAGUUUUUCUUU